AUGAACAUUCCGUUCAGAAAGGAUCAUCACCAUCAUCACGAUGGAAGUUUUGAUCAUAACAAUCCUGAGAGAACCAUCGGUUCAUCAUCCUACAUGUCUGAUAGUGGCAGUGGCUUGCUUUCAUCAAGUUAUUCAAACGCUUCCGAUAUCAGCAGCAGUAUUGGAAGUUAUAACAGCGUGAACAGUACCAACUCCUCUUUGUUGAGCACGAGCACGGCAGCAACAUGGAUGGGAAUGAGUCCUCCAAACUAUGUGGUUGGUUUCAGCAAUCAUACUAAUAAUAACGGUGUCAUUUGUUCGACCUCCCCACAACCUAACGGCUGUCAACAUCACCACACGAAGAGUCACAGCAUGAACAAUCCCAACCACAUGAACAUGAAUUGGUCAGGCCACAUCAUGUUGCCACAGGACCAGAGUCAUCAACAUGGUUCUCUUCUUUCCAACUCGAAUCAUCACCAAUUCGGCAACCGUACCAGCAACAAAAGCAUAGCAGGAUCAUCCUUUGACUACUCAUCCUCCAUGGAGGAUGACAUUUCUCUCAUGAAUUCUCCAACGAGAGGAGGAAGAUCCACCGCUUCAACCUUCAACUCGAGUUUGUUUGGACCUCCUCCUUCCACUCUGCCAGUAGAUCUUGAAAUUCCCUCUCGUAGUAGUGCAAGUGUUGUUGGCUCGAACAGUUUCAACAAAAUGAUGGAGAGAGAAGAGAGGGUUGCAAACCUUGAUUCCAUGUCUUUGCUUAGUACUCAUUCUCCCAAGGUGGGUAAUCAGCAUCAUCACCAACAUCGUUCUCAUCACAGUCACGAUGACGGAAUCAAUGUGAACAUGUUCGUAAGGUCUGUGGUUGGAAAGGUGUUGUCUGAUGAUGUCGAAGAACCUCUCUCCUUCAACAACGUUGGUGGCCAACAGAAUCAUCACUCGGCUCUUCAUCCUCAUUACCAACAAUCACCUCUUUCCAACAACAAUCUAAACUUGUCGCCGCAACCAUCCUCUCCAUCCUCACGUCGAUUCAUGUCCAUGUCGUGCCCAACUGUUUUGAAUUCAUUCCAAAGUAGUAUUGGAUUCCAACUCUUCCAACAACAGCCACCACCUUUACAGCAGCAUGACACUAACCACCAGCAAGGAACCAAAAAAUCAUCAUCCAUGAUGAUCGAUUAUGAUUUGAUUGAGUCUGUUAUUGAAGAUGAUGAUUCUCUCACUAAUUUCCACUCAUUACAAGGCAAAAAACCUUGUAAAUACUUCUUCUCAGCAGAAGGUUGUAAAUAUGGAGAUAAUUGCACUUUCCUUCACUCGCUCACUCCAAACAUGUUUGACAAUGCACCAAAUUUUGGAGUUUCAACAACAGCGCCUCCCAUUCAACAGCCAACGAAUGGAGCCGUGCAUGCUUUUUCUUCUCAUUUACCUCAUGAAAACCAUUUCAAUCAAAACGGUUUUGUCAUAAACAUGAAUGAGCAACAACAACAACUCAACAAAACAACCAAUGCAUAUCAAUACCCCCACAUGGUGCAAUAUCCAUCGAAUAACGUAGCCAUGUCAUCCGCUACAUCCCAUUCACACAGUGGCACCUCUGUAAAUAAUAUCUCCCAUGUUUCAAACUCUUCUCAGGUACCACAUCAACCUCCUCCGCAACAACAACAAAUCUGCCAAUUCUUUAAAAAGGGUGAAUGUCGUUUUGGAGACAAGUGUCGCAAUCUUCACCUUAAAAACAAAUCAAAGCUCGAUGAACAAACCAAAAAGAAACUCAAAACUAUUCGCUGUAGAUUCGGAGUCAACUGCCCUUUCGGUCACGAAUGUUAUUACUUCCAUGAGCAGUCUGAUUUUGAUGAUGACACCACCAAACCACCAUCUCCCUCAACCCAACAAUAA